AAGCUUCACUUUAGCUGUGAGGACGGUCCAAGGUUGACAUGAUAAUGUGCUUAUUUAGUAACUGUUUUCCCAAACCUGGUUCACACUCGGUCACUGGGGUUCAUUGAGCGGAGCAAACUCUUGUGCGUCUUCGCCUUCACUCGGAAACCUUUAACCGUUGCAACACAGAACUCGCUGGUCUCCAGCCAAGCUCCUGCCCUUUACCAUCAACAGUAAGUUUGGCAGGAUGGCCCAGCCAGACAGCAAGGUGCUGGUUCUGGGAGCGUUGGCGGGGGUCGCCGGCAUCAGCAUGGCCGUCGUCUUUUAUAAGAACUACAAGUCUAAAAGACGAGCGUCAUGCCCUGCGUUCUUCCUCGACCGAGCGAGUGGACAAGGCGCCGAGCUCAUGAUGGUGGACGGCAGCCCUGACGUGUCGAGGGGACAGCUGGAGGUGCUCCACCGCCUCGAGGCCCUGAUCCAGUGUGUGUCGGAGCUGAAGGACGAGAUGAAGGCCUUGAAGAGCGCCAUUCCCUCCCUGCACGAUCAGGUCAGGGGCGAGCUGAGAGGACGGGACGCCUCCGAGGCCCGCAGAGCCGGAUCUCAACACCGAACCACGCCAACACGCAGGAAACGGACAUCGGGGAGCAUCGCUGUAACCAGACCUCAGGGUAUGAGCUCAGAAGAAGCAGAGAGCGAGGGAGGGUACAUCACUGCACUGACAGACUCUGAGGACGAGGACCAAAGCGAUGUAGAACUGAGUGAUGAAGAGCAGCUGUUGAAGGACCAGAAACUUGUCGACCUCCGUGAGAGGAUUGAUUUUCUCCACCAUGGCACCGAAUCUGACAAGAAAGAGAGUCUGGCAAUCCUCCUGCAGCACCAAGAAGAGUUUGGACAGAACUCUACAUUCCUCUGGAGACUGAUUCGAGCUUACUGCGAUGUUCAUGAUGUCACCACCGAGCUGGAAGACAAGAAGAUCCACGCAGAAAGUGGAAAGAGAGUUGGCGAAGAGGCCGUGCAGCUGAACCCAACAUGUGCUGAAAGUCACCUGUGGUAUGCCAUCAUGUGUGGCAUUAUGGCGGAGUACGACACCCUCCAGAACAAAAUCAAGAAUGGAUUCAUCUUUAAGGAUCAUCUGGAUAAAGCCAUCGAGCUGAAGCCGCAGGACCCGCUGUCCUACCACCUGCUGGGCCGCUGGUGCUACACUGUGACCCAAUUAUCCUGGAUUGAGAGAAAAGUUGCCGCCACGUUAUCCGGGGCGCCACUGAUCGCCACUGUUGAAGACGCGCUGAGGAAUUUUCUCAAGGUGGAGGAGCUCCAGCCUGGGUAUUCCAAACUGAACUACGUGUUCCUCGCUAAGUGUUACCGAGACAUCGGCCAGAGAGAAAAGGCCCGGAAGAUGUGCGAGGCUGCUUGUUCAAUGGACGCUGCUUCCAAAGAGGAUGAAGAAGCCCAGAAAGAGCUGAGCUCUCUCUGCCCUGCGCUCGGGGUGCUGCUGUGAAAUCGACGCCUGUGUGUGUGUGUGUGUGUGUGUGUGUGUGUGUGUGUGUGUGUGUGUGUGUGUGUGUGUGUGUGUGUGUGUGUGUGUGUGUGUGUGUGUGUGUGUGUGUGUGUGUGUGUGUGUGUGUGUGUGUGUGUGUGUGUGUGUGUGUGUGUGUGUGUGUGUGUGUGUGUGUGUGUGUGUGUGUGUGUGUGUGUGUGUGUGUUGACGCAUCUUUGUGUCAAUGCUGAGUCAUCUUAAGCAUCAUCAUCAGGACUCUUUCUCAGUAUGAUUUGUAUGAUUCCAGUGAGAUCCAGUCGUCUGUAGAGCAGGCGGCAGAUGAAAGUCCGUCCAGCUUUUCCUCCUCCAGGACUGUGAUCCAGCCGACUUUUCUUCCACAUGUUGUUGUUGUUGUGUCUCCCGCCGACAUUUAAGUGGCAAUAAGAAAAAGCCCACAGACAGACAAGAGGUGCUGGAAGGCUGCCCACUGUCUGACCUUCUUACCUCUUCACCUCCACUUCUUCAGCUCGUAGCCUCUGUUCACAUGAUCCGGCAAACACAGACUGGCGGCUUUUAUGGUGUUUUUUUUAUUGUUGCUGCCGCUGGCUUCAGUCCAGGAACUUCGCCUUGGGACAUCCAUCUUCCACCCAGCUCCUCUGACGGCGUCGCAACAGCAAAGCAAACGCUCUCACUGACACACGCGGCAACGUAGCAGAACCGAGACACUUUCUCUUUUACUCUUAGCUUUACGUUCGUGAACACCUGAAGAUUUAUGCUUGAAAAAAAAAAUCAUUUUUGGCGUCUGAUUUAAUCUCUGAUUUUAAGGUUCUGCGCAGGAGAUGAAGGGUCAACUUCUUAUCUGUCUACAAUGUUGUGUGAUGUGAACGUGCAGCACCACUGGGUGUGUUUUUAAGCUAGUUUCUGAGCGUCCAGCUCACUGACCCGUCCAAGACCCGAUGCUCCAUAUAGACAGAUCAAUAAUCUUCUCUUACUUGUGAGUAACCGUAAAGAGUGCAUGUACGUGUUUUUAUCAAUGAGUAAAUCAUCAGAUGUGUGGCAACACUAAAGAGUUGAAUCCUGCUGCUAGCUAAAAAUAGAGGAAAAAAAGAUUUGUAUUUACUGUUUUAUACAUUCCUGACCUUCGACUUUUUCAUGUCUGUUUAGAACUUUUACACUUUGAAUUGUUUUUUUGUUUUUUUUUCUUUUGUCUCAGUGCGACUGUGGGUGAUGUUAGACCAGCGCCAUGAAUGUAUCAGAUUAUAUCCAGAUUCUAUUGCCGUGUAAAUGAAACUCUAGGAGGAAGUGAUUAUUUAAGAGCUGAUUAUGGUACCAGAGUCUAUCAUUAAAAGUGUGCGAUCUUGA